AUGGACCAGGACACGGGGGAGAGGCUGAACACACCAACUUUACAAGCUGAUGGUCAAGGUCCUUUAGACACACACAGGGACGGUCUCAUCGACGAUAAACCGGAUGUCCAAAGUGGGGAUAUUGGUCGUCAAACUGAGGCCCAAAGUGGGGACAUUGGUCAUCAAACUGAGGUACAAAGUGGGGACAUUGGCCAUCAAACUGAGGCCCAAAGUGGGGACAUUGGCCAUCAAACUGAGGCCCAAAGUGGGGACAUUGGUCAUCAAACUGAGGUACAAAGUGGGGACAUUGGCCAUCAAACUGAGGCCCAAAGUGGGGACAUUGGCCAUCAAACUGAGGUACAAAGUGGGGACAUUGGCCAUCAAACUGAGGCCCAAAGUGGGAACAUUGGUCAUCAAACUGAGGCCCAAAGUGGGAACAUUGGUCAUCAAACUGAGGCCCAAAGUGGGGACAUUGGUCAUCAAACUGAGGUACAAAGUGGGGACAUUGGCCAUCAAACUGAGGCCCAAAGUGGGGACAUUGGUCAUCAAACUGAGGUACAAAGUGGGGACAUUGGCCAUCAAACUGAGGCCCAAAGUGGGGACAUUGGCCAUCAAACUGAGGCCCAAAGUGGGGACAUUGGCCAUCAAACUGAGGACAUUGGCCAUCAAACUGAGACCCCCAGUGCAAGAGAUGAGGACAGUACAGCAGACGAGGGGAGCUAUGACGACACAGAUUCAGAUGACGAGGAAAGUGACGAAAGUGAUGAGAGUGAAGACGAGGGCAGCGGCGACAGUCAAGAGGUGGAUGAUGAUAAUACAAUGCCCGGCGAUGAAGAUGACCAUCACGACGACGGCGACACAACCGACGAGACGUUCGAGACGGACCAGGACGCGAUGGACGACGAGGAGUUAGAGAGGGCCUACAGGAAACAGCUGAUCGCCGUGCAGAUCGUCACGGACGACCCGCAGGAGACCUCCCUCGACCACAUCACCAUCGCCAACAGGAUCCUCGACCUCAGCAAAUCCCUGUCCGACUACGACCCCAACAACUACGACUACGUCAACGGCGUUGUGGUGCCGGAUGUCGAGUCAGACAUUGGCGACGCUGACUCCUGGGACUGGACAUUUCCUGACUCCAACGUAAACGAGCUUGACAUUCCGCCGGAGAGGAGGAACAAAAUCAGGCCAAGGAAAUCCAAGAGGACGACCACAGCGGCAGGUAACUCAUCCCAGGAGAAGACAACCCAUGCAGGAAAUACCGACGAACUGAAGUUGACGCCGGCGGAAGACGAAAUGGGUUUGAACCCAACAACCUUACAAGACAGAACCAGUUACUACGACACAAUUUAUCAGCAGCUUUUGGCAGCAUUUCUCUUGGAGCAAGAGCGCAUGAAAUUAAGCCGCGAAUCUUCCGCGGAGAACAUUGUGUAUUUCGAAGAUCCGGAUUCUUCCAAACUUCAGAGAAAAAAAUUAAAAUUUCUAAACCCAAACUCUAGCGUCGCUUCCAAAACAAAGGUCUUAACCCGAGACACGAGAGAAGACGGAUACAGAAAACAGGAAGUGGCGAAACAAAAACAUUCCCCAGAGGCCGUGAAGCAUUUCGAGCAGAGAAACGUCAAACGAAUCCUUUCUAAACUGUCCAAGAUUGAAGCUCACUUCAUUGGCUCUCCCAAACAACGCGACGCGGCCGUCAAGGCAACAGACAAACCUACAGACACAGUAACCGAGUCUUCUGAGGUCAUGUCGAAACCUGAAGGUAUGCUGAACUCGAGCUUAAAGCUCAACUCUGUGGCGGAGCGGAGAGCUUCUCUCGGAGAUACCCUGACGGAGCGACUGAUGCAGUGGCGGUGGGCCCGGGGACGGGCGUCCUCUAGGCCGGAUGUGUUGGGGAAAAGCAAGACCAAGGAGGAGCUUCAAGAUGAGGUCAACGCCUACCUGGCCAGCACACAACAACAGUUUGAAGAAAAGAAAGAUUUUCUGGCCAUUUUCCGUCACGCCGCUCGCCUGACGAUAAUCUUGUUGAGAGCUGUUGGAAUAAAGCCGCAAAAACCGGAAGUGGACAGCUACAACUUCCUGUCCUGGACAGUGGUCUAUGACGAGGUUCUGGGCAUUUCUCGUCUUAAUUACGACAGUGGUGCCUUGACCUUCGACCCACAAGUCUUCAAAGCGAAAAACGAAUCCACCAUCACAGAGGAAACAAAGGAGAUUCUCCGGUUGCCGGCAAGUCAAAGAACGGACGGUCACAUCCAUACAGCCAGGAUAUGUUUCAAGCAGGUGGCGCCCUCGUUUUCAGAGUUUCCCAUCCGUAUACAGGAGUCAAUGAUACGAGUCUGUACCUACGAGAGGUUUGAACCUGGUCGUGUCAUCAUUAGACAAGGUCACAGAGCUGAGAACUUCUACUUCAUCAUCUCUGGCUGUGCUGUCGUGACUGAGAUGGAUCUCAAUGCUAACCACGUACUAACCACCAAUGUUUUGGGAAAAGGAAACAGCUUUGGGGAGCUGGCGAUUCUGAACAUGGCCUUGAGAUCAGCCACCGUGACGUGUCGGGAGGAAGUUGAGUUGAUCUGGAUUGAACGUGAGGACUUCAUCGACAUCUUCAUGCGCGGGGUCAAAGGUCGGGAGGCGGAGCACAUCGCCUUCCUCAAGGGCGUUGACCUGCUGCAGGGUUGGCCUGUCAACCAGCUGCCUCAGGACAACCCCAAGAUCUGCGCCUUCACCUACGUCAGACGAGGUGUGACACUCUGCCGUGACAGCUGUAAGAGUGACUGGAUCUUUGUGAUCGUCUCAGGCUCCUGCAAGAUCCUCAAGGCUCUUUACAAUCAGCCGGACAAGACGGUGGAGACUCCUCAAUCCGUCAGUCUGGCUCCACUGGCUUCUGGUUUCUCGACCAUCUACACCAAGGGCGGCAACCGUGCAACUAACAUCAAGGGAAGUAACCCAUCACUUAGUCACACUGCUACAGGAAGAACCACAACUCGUGUCAGACGACAAGGAAUUGUCCAGAGACCACGUGACCUUGUGGCCACGAUACAUCUGCUCUCAGAUAGGACGGAAGAGAAAGUCUCUAUGUCAAGGUCACAGCAUCAAUUGGAGAUUGAAGAGCUUUAUUUCAGACGUCACGUUCUGCCGUCCAUACACACCAAGCCGAGCAGAGAGAUGCACGGAGACAUCAGGUCAACAUCCCGGGUGUCCCCACAGGUAGAGGCGCGACCCCCAGGCACGCCGUCUGGAACCUCCCCCACCAGCCUCCAGCUGCCCCCCAUCUCCCCCCUCUACAAGCCCAAACGCCAGUCCUACGGCCUCCACCCCCCGGCACUGCCACAGCUGGGGGUGGGGACGCAGAGUCAGCGUCAGAGAAAAUCCAGGAAGGUUUUCAUAGAAGUGGCGAGACUUGAGUCUGGUGCCACCUUUGGUCUGGAUCAGGUGGUGCUGGCUGGCAUGAGAAAGUUGACCUCUUGUAGUCUGGUGUCGGAUGGUGCUGAAGUGGUGCUGAUCAACAAAAAAUUCUUCAAGAAAUAUCUGACGGAGGAAACUCUCAAAACUAUUCGAGAAAAGAUUGUUCCACUGCCGAGCGAGAAGGUUCUCAAGCAAGACCUAGAGACGGUUAAAACCUGGCAAACCUUCAAGGCCCAGACGUUAGCAGAGUUUCACCGCUGGAGGAAUCAAAGAGCCACUGUGUCAAACGUAUUGAGGCAACACUAGCCAGUG